GAAUUUCUUCAACUAAUAUUUGUAACUGGUAUGCGGCUACAACUUUCUGUUUUUAUCCACGUGCUGCGCUUCUGAGGUUGCUAAGCAUUUUAUUCAUCGCAAAGAAUUCGUAAAAAUGCCCAUCAACAGUUCGUUUGUUGCUUUCGAGAGAAACAUCAUCUCGGAGGACAACGUGUCCCAGUCGAUGCGUCCGGCUCUCCAAAAAACGCUUCAUUUACUUCCUCGCCACGACUCCAAAGUUAGCUACCAAUAUGAGCAAGAGGUUUUCCACUUCCUAGUUGAGAAUGAGAUCGUCUACGCUUGUACAACGUCAGGGCCAUAUGAGAAUCGCGUUGUCUUUGGAUUUCUCAUUCAGGUGAAAGACGCUUUCAAGACGGCCUUCACUGGCAGUGUAGAUCGCUAUCCGCGACGUUCAGAAUUGACAUCAACAAGGUGCCAGUCGUUCUCCUUGGCUUUAGCCUCUUCCCGUAAGGUUUUCAAUGAGAAUCCGCAGGUCGACAAGAUUGGGCGUAUCAAGGAUCAACUGAACACGACCCGCGAGGUGAUGCUACAAAACCUAGACAGCAUUUUGGAGAGAGGGGAGCGGAUUGACAAUCUCUGCGACCGGACGGAACUGUUGCAAGAAGAGGCACAAGGGUUUCACUCAAACGCGAGCACUCUGAAACGUGCAAUUCUUAUGCACAAUAUAAAAAUUAUUAUUGGCGUUGUUAUUUUUCUUGGUGUCCUUGCUCUUGUCAUAGCUUUCUGUGUGUGUGGUAUUGACUUCAAGAAGUGCUAG